ACACUUCAUUGGAUUCAGCUUCAGUAAAAAAAAUUUAGCGGUUGUGGCACGUGCUUAACCUUAUAAUAUAAAUUAAUAAAAGGGCCAAAAAAGAAACAAAAAUGAAAUGAAAGGGUAAAAAGAUGUGGGAUUUCCCUCAAAGUGAUCGGAACCUUCUCCACGUUUGCAUCUGAAGCUGGCUUGUUUCCUCUUCUCCACGUAUCAGUUAUCACUUGUUCCCCAGGAAUGGCCACCUCUACUUUUCACCUUCUCAAACCCAAGCCAACACUAAAUACAAACUUCAAAAACACAAUACACAUCUCUCUAUCAUUCGACUGUGAUCAGUUCUUCCAAGUGCCCAUCAGUCAAGCAAAUAACAAAUCUCAAAAACGACGUUAAAUUGAUUGAGUGGUCAUCCAUGUCAGCGGGUCUGAUGAGAAGGGCAGCGGCUCCAACCCUCCUGAAGAAGCUGCUGCUCAAACCUCAAGCCGUCAUUCCUUCUGCUUCUCUUCUUUGUCGUUCCUUCAACACUGAUGGCUCCCAAAACGACGACAACCGCUCCAUCGACGGUGAUCGUCGCUCCGAUACAUCCGUUUCUCGUCGCACCGACUCUUCUCCCGCCCUUUUCUCAGACGUACUGAACCCAUUUUCACCGGCAAGGAGCUUAACCCAAGUGCUAAACUGGGUGGUCCAGUUGAUGGAGGACCCGUUUUCAGGGAUGGCGCCGAGAAUCAAGGGAGGGGGGCGGAGGAGGGCGUGGGACGCCAAGGAGGAUGACAAGGCUCUUUAUGUGAGCAUGGACAUGCCUGGUCUUAGCAAAGACGACGUCAAGGUGACGGUGGAGCUGAACGCCCUCAUCGUCAAAGGAGAAGAAGACCGUUCGGAAAGGAGGUAUGUGAGCCGGCUUGACCUGCCUCCCAAUGUCUACAAGUUGGACUCCAUCAAGGCCGAUAUGAAGAAUGGAGUUUUGAGGUUGGUCAUUCCUAAACUUAAGGACGACCAGAGGCAAGAUUGUUUUCAAGUGCAGGUCGAGUGAAUGACUAAUGUAUAUGUAUCACAAUUAUAAAGGUCUUACAAU